UAUGCGGCGUUAACUAUCGAUGCGGGCACGCAAUUGUUCUCUCCGCCUCACCAAGACCCUGACAACACUGUUCACGGCUGGUGCGCCGACACUCCCCUUGCCAAGUACGACCCCGGCGUAGGCGGUCAUCUAGUGCUCUGGGAGCUCCGUCUUGCAAUUCGCUUCUCACCAGGUUCCACCAUCCUAUUCCCUUCGACGCUCGUCACUCAUUCAACUGUUCCAAUUCAAAAGGGGGAAACUCGCUUCGCUAUAUUUCAAUAUUCAUCUGGCGGUCUAUCUCGAUGGAGGGCGAACGGGUUCCAAUUUGACCAAUCGUUCCUGUCAAAAGCAACCUAA